AGAAAAAAACAACAAACCACCCCCUGCGCACUAAUACACGCGCAUAUUGCGAUCGCUUCUUCUCUUCUUCAGAGCCCCUUCCCUUCCCCUUCUCCUUCCGGAUGGAGGAGGAGAAGAAGGAGAAGAAGUCGUCGUCGUCGGCGGCGGGGGGCGGAGAGUUGCAGUACCAGUCGGGAUUCGGCAACCACUUCGCAUCGGAGGCGGUCGGGGGUGCGCUGCCGCGCGGGCAGAACAGCCCGCUCCUCUGCCCCUACGGCCUCUACGCCGAGCAGAUCUCCGGCUCCUCCUUCACCUCCCCUCGCAAGCUCAACCUCCGGAGUUGGUUGUACCGUAUAAAGCCCUCUGUUACUCAUGAACCAUUCCACCCUCGGAUUCCCGGCAAUAAGCGCCUUGUCAGCGAGUUCGAUCAGUCGACGAGCUCGGCUACGCCGACCCAGUUGCGGUGGAAGCCCGUAGAUGUUCCUGACUCGCCGACGGAUUUCGUUGAUGGGUUGUUCACCGUAUGCGGUGCGGGAAGUUCCUUCCUUCGGCAUGGAUUUGCCAUUCACAUGUAUGCUGCUAACAAGUCGAUGGAUGGUUGCGCCUUUUGCAACGCCGAUGGUGAUUUUCUUAUAGUUCCUCAAAAAGGAAAGCUGUUGAUCACAACUGAGUGUGGGAAACUGCAAGUGUCACCUGGCGAGAUAGUCAUUAUCCCACAAGGAUUUCGUUUCUCCGUCGCUUUGCCUGAUGGCCCUUCACGCGGUUAUGUUGCUGAAAUAUUCGGCACUCAUUUCCAACUUCCUGAUCUUGGGCCAAUUGGUGCCAAUGGUCUGGCUUCAGCAAGGGAUUUCCUCGUUCCCCGAGCUUGCUUUGAACAGACUACUCAUCCUGGAUACACAAUAGUGCAGAAGUUUGGUGGCGAGCUGUUCACCGCCGUACAAGAUUUCUCUCCUUUCAACGUGGUUGCAUGGCACGGGAAUUAUGUACCAUACAAGUACGACCUGAGUAAGUUUUGCCCAUUUAACACUGUUUUGUUUGAUCACGGGGACCCUUCGAUAAACACAGUAUUGACAGCACCCACCGAUAAGCCCGGUGUUGCAUUGCUCGACUUUGUGAUCUUUCCUCCUCGAUGGAUUGUGGCGGAGAACACCUUCCGCCCCCCAUACUAUCACCGCAACUGCAUGAGUGAAUUUAUGGGUUUGAUUCACGGUGUAUAUGAGGCUAAAGCUGAUGGUUUUCUCCCUGGAGGUGCUAGUCUUCACAGCUGCAUGACACCACAUGGACCUGACACUAAGACUUAUGAGGCGACAGUUGCUCCUGGAGAGGUCACCGAACCGUUCAGGAUCCGUGAAACACUGGCAUUUAUGUUCGAGUCUUCGCUCAUCCCGCGCGUCUGCCGAUGGGCUCUUGAAUCUCCCUACCUCGAUCACGACUACUAUCAGUGCUGGAUCGGACUAAGAUCGCACUUCUCAUGCAAUCGCGGGGAAACAAUGAUGGAUAACGGAAACGCUGACGAGGACAGUUAGGUGUUCAAGUGGUGAUGUCGAGCAUCGCUAUUUUCUUAAUUAACCUCGUAAAUAUUCAAAAGCCGGGUGGUGU